AUGGAGCCAAAAUCUAGAGAUCGUCCUGGACGGACGUCUCGUGAAUUAAGUGAAGAAAGCAGAUAUUACCAGAACAUGUCUCCUGGGUUUGAUGGAAUCGAACGGCGUAAUUAUAAGCACUACCACGAAGAUGAUAGAGGCGAUUCUCACAGGUACCCAAGAAAAGACGGGAGCAGGAGUCGAAGCAGAAGCAGAAGUCCAAGAGGUUGGGUGAGAAGUGGUAGUCCAAGACUAGAUUAUAAAAAUCAAUCUCAUAAAUGGAAUGACCAAAGAAGUGAACCCGAUAAACAAUUUCAAAUUUGUCGUGAUUUUUCUGCUGGAAGGUGCAGGAAAGGCAGUCAGUGCCAUUUUGAGCAUUCUAGAAAUACCAGUCGAGGGUACAGUUCUAAAGAUUCAUACAUCAAAGACUCUGGUCCUGAUUUACGAGCUGAUGUUCCGAGAUAUUAUCAUGGAGAGGAACGACAAUUUUGGAAGAAAAGUAGAAAUUUAGUUCCAUGCAGGGAACUCAUGAAAGGUUGGUGCAAAUGGGGAGACUCUUGCAGAUUUUCUCACCAUCUCGCGUCUAAUGAGACUGCCGAUAUGAGCUAUCCUGGUGACAACAGUAAUUUGAGAUAUGAUAGCAGAUCGAGUCUUCGUACGGAAAAUGAGGAUGCAAGUUGGAGAACACGAGAAUUGGAAGGCAUUGGCGUGACUGGAUAUAUUGAUAAGGAAAAUGUGGCUCAUAAACAGGAAAACAAUAACAUGUCGCGAGGUUUCACUUCGCAAAAUGAAGUUGGAAAUGUGGGUGUUCAAGAACAACAAACAUUACUUGACCAUGGGGUAGUAGAAAAUGGUAUGGUGACUUCAUUUGGGCCUGAUGUUCUUGAUCAGGCGGAAAAUUCGAGCAAUCCCACACAUCCAUGUCCUUUUCCUGGACAAAAUGAAAGCAGUGAAAAUGUACAAGUACCUAUGCAGUUUUCAGUUUCAAAUGCAACUGAUGUCUGGCAGAACAUGCUUAAUGGUGGCUUGGAUGGGCUCGAGACGCAAGCAGGAGCUCGUUUUGAUCUGCAGUCUCAGGUGUCGAACCAUCAGCACCAGAGACAUGCAAGACCUCAUUUGGAUUCGCAUUCUCAGGUGCUGAACAAUAUGCUCGAGAUACAAUCUGGGGCUCGUUUGGAUUUGCAUUCUCAGGUGCCAAACCAUCAGUUCGAGACACAAUCAGGCGCUCAUUUUGAUUUGCAUUCUCAGGUGAAUAACCAUCUACCCGAACCAGAAUCAGGAGCUCCUUUGGAUUUGCGUUCUCAAGUGAAGAAUCAUGAGCUCGAGACACAAUCAGGAGCUAAUUUGGAAAACCGUCAGCGAGCUGUUCAAAUAUUGACAGGGCUGUUAGAAUCAAAGGUAACCUUUCCAGUUGGAUUUCCUCACGGACCAAUCAAUCACGUGGAAAAAGACACAGUUGCCAACAACGAGCAUGGAAAGUAUACUGAACAACACAAUCAAGUGCAGACGAAACAAGCUUCUCCAGUAUCCGCCAUUGGUAAAGGCAGAGAUAAUCCAAAGGUGGACGAUUCUGAAAAUUCGAAACAACAGGAAGAGGUACCACUCUCUAAACCAGUAGCUGAUGAAGGUAAUAAAGCCGUCGAUGAGGAAAACAAGGGAGUUAAGGACAGCAAAAAAGCUGAAGCGAACGCUGCAAGCAAGGACGAAAAAGCGAUGCGUUUGUUGAAACAUAGUCUAGUAGAGUUUGUGAAGGACAUCUUGAAGCCCACGUGGAAAGAAGGUCGACUGAGUAGAGACGUUCACAAGACCAUCGUGAAAAAAGUGGUCGAUAAAGUUACCGGAACAGUUCAACCUGAUCACGCCCCCAAGACACAGGAUAAAGUUGAUCAGUACUUGUCGUCCUCGAAACCCAAAAUUUCCAAACUCGUUCAGGCAUAUGUGGAGCGUUCUCAAAAAACAGAUUCUUGA